ACCAUGUGGCUGAUGAGACCGCCAACACUGAGACAGAGGUUUGCACAAAAGAAAAAAGAAGGGCAGGAGAGAGAAAAGGAGGGGUGGUGACAGAAUCCCUCACUGCAGGAGGACAGAACACAGGGGACAGCAGAAGCAUUCUUACAAGCAAAAGUGAACCAGUGAACGGGGAGGCAAUCCAAGCACAUUGACCAGCGAAGGAAAGAGGGAGGGGAGAGAGCGAAAGCGAGAGAGAAAGAGAGGUCUGAAGGGGGCAAUGACACACACCGUGAGACUGAGCUCAGCGCACACAGAGGAAGGGGGAAGGAUGGAGCGAUGAGAGCGAGAAAGAGCGAGGGAGAGAAGAGAGGAGCCAGAUGAUGGAGCCCAGAGACAGGUUUAACAGAGGGAGAGCCACUCGUCCCCGCUCUCUGCGGCAGACAUGACUCCAGACGGACGACUCCGCUGGAAUUAGCCAGAGGGACCGUAGAGGACAGCAGGUCUGUCUCAGCGAAUGCAGCAAGGGAGCUGAUUUAUUACUGAGGGAGUGUGUAUGCGCACGUGUGUGUGAGCGUGCGCGUGUGCGUUUGCGUGUGUGUGUGCACGCUGCAAGGUUUUUUACACUUAUAGUGGCUGGUGGGGGGUGAAGGAGCCUUCCAGUGAUAAUGAAAAUCAGUAGGCAGUACAAUGUAUGGCAGUAGAUGCAUGUGCAAAUCUGUCUUUGCCUUCUAGCGUAGCAUAUGCUGGGAGGAUUCAAGCAGUGACAGUCGGUCAUCGAGUUUGUGCGUGUGUGUGUGUGUGUGUGUGUGGAGGUGAGCGGAGGAGGUAUCACCUGGGUGCAGUGUGAGGGGUUUCAGGAGUUAGGGUUCGGGGAGGUACUGGACACAACGCAAGGACACAAGCACCACAGUGAUGGGAGGAAGGGCAAUGGGAGGCACCAGGGGACUCCUGGAGGUGGAACGAGAGGGAGAGAUAAUGGCUGUCAGACACAGUGAGCUGUAGCAUAUGCUGUAGCGUAGAUCUGAGUGGUGCGGCAGGCAAAGGACAAGCCUCACUGCACAGGGUGGGGAAGGGAGAGAGAGAGAGAGAGGGAGAGAGGGAGAGAGGGAGUAGGGGUAGAGGGUGGAGGAAAGGCAGACGGCACCGCUCCUCUGCCAGGAAGCGAGGAGCACCGCAGGACUCGACCGCGGGAAGACACAGACCCCACCGCAGCGCGUCGUCGCACAGGUCAGCCGGGAGAGGUCAGGAGAAGCUGGGGAGCCCCCCUCUGCCUGGGGAGCGUCAGGAGUGCUGAGCCCAGGAGGAGGGCGGGAGGAGACGCCGUUCCUCUGCAGGCUGGACCUGUCUCUCAAUGACCAUGGGGGAAUGGACCAUCCUGGAGCGGCUGUUGGAGGCUGCUGUCCAGCAACACUCCACUAUGAUCGGGAGGAUCCUGCUGACAGUGGUGGUGAUCUUCCGUAUAUUGAUAGUAGGCAUAGUGGGUGAAAAGGUCUACGAGGACGAGCAGAUAAUGUUCAUCUGCAACACCAUGCAGCCGGGCUGCAACCAGGCCUGCUAUGACAAGGCCUUCCCCAUAUCCCACAUCCGCUUCUGGGUCUUCCAGAUCAUCCUGGUGUGCACGCCCAGCCUGUGCUUCAUCACCUACUCUGUGCACCAGUCCGCCAAGCAGCGCGACCGCAACUACUCCAUCCUGCACCCCUACAUAGACCACGGCCACGCGAGUCACCACAGUCGCGCAAGCGAUCACCACGCCCGCAAGCUGCGCAACAUCAACGGCAUCCUGGUACAGAACCCCGACAGCGGCAAGGAGGACCAGGAUCUGGAGGUCAAGGAGAUCCCCAACGUGGCCCGGGGGCUCACACAGGCCAAGAGUGCAAAGGUGCGACGGCAGGAGGGCAUCUCUCGCUUUUACGUCAUCCAGGUUGUGUUCCGUAACGUGCUGGAGAUCGGGUUUCUGGCCGGCCAGUACUUCUUGUACGGCUUCAAUGUGCCGGGGAUGUUUGAAUGUGACCGUUACCCCUGCGUGAAGGAGGUGGAGUGCUACGUGUCGCGUCCGACGGAGAAGACCGUGUUCCUGGUCUUCAUGUUCGCCGUGAGUGGCAUCUGUGUCCUGCUCAACCUGGCUGAGCUCAACCACCUGGGUUGGAGGAAGAUCAAGACAGCCGUCAGGGGGGUUCAGGCCCGCAAGAAGUCCAUCUGUGAGGUGCGUAAGAAGGACGUGUCACAUCUGUCCCAGGCCCCUAACCUCGGCAGGACCCAGUCCAGUGAGUCAGCCUACGUCUGACCGAGGCUCCCCCACAUCAGGGUCCCUUCCCUCAGGACCAGGCGGUCUCUGGGGAGGAUGGACCCACGGCCCUGCCCACGUACCCUGUGGGGAACUCUGACCCAAGGACUUGACACGGCCAUACCAGAGACAAACGCUUUUAGGACUCAACGAGGAA